AUGGCCAAGCUGUUCGACGCCGCCGAAGUGGCCAAGCACAAUACCCCAGAUAGCUGCUGGGUUGUCCUGUACGGCAACGUCUACGAUGUCACCAACUUUCUUACCUCCCACCCCGGCGGCUCCGACAUUAUCCUCAAGCUUGCAGGUCAAGAUGCGACCGAGGACUAUGAUCCCGUCCAUCCGCCCGGCACCCUCGAGGAGAAUCUGGAGCCAGAGGCCAAGCUAGGCCAAGUCAACCCGGAAACUCUUCCAGAGCCGGGCGCUACCCCAGCCGCCGACGUGCCAUCACGCGACUAUCGCCCGCCACUCGAGUCGCUGCUGAAUCUGGAUGACAUCGAGCAAGAGGCGACCAAGCGAAUUUCCAGCAGAGCCUGGGCCUACUACUUUUCUGCCAGCGACGACUUGGUAUCCAAAAAGCUCAACAACUCGGUAUUUCGGGACAUACUGCUGCGGCCGCGCACCUUUGUCGACUGCACGGAAUGCGACUUGUCAACAACCUUGCUUGGUCACAGGGUCGGUGUUCCGUUCUUUGUUGCCCCGGCUGCGAUGGCACGACUGGCGCAUCCAGAUGGUGAGCAUGGCAUCGCCAGAGCCGCUGCUCGCUUCAAUGCCUUGCACGUCGUCUCCAAUAAUGCUUCCAUGACCCCGGAACAAAUCGUCAAAGACGCUCCCCCGGAACAGAUUUUUGGCUGGCAGGUUUACGUUCAGAGCCAGCGGGACAAGAGCGAGGCCAUGCUGAGACGCAUCAAUGCCAUCAAGGACCGCUUCAAAUUUGUUUGCCUGACCCUCGACGCUCCCGUCCCCGGCAAGCGUGAGUUGGACGAAAGGUCCAACUUUGAGGCGGGCAGCAACAAUGCCAAUGUUCAGGCGGCAGUUUCAAACAGCAGCCGUGAUUCUCAGAGACAGAGACCCGGUGGCGGCGGCGUUGGCCAGCAGCUGUUCUUUGGGACUGCGUGCGAUCUGACGUGGAAGACAACCCUGCCUUGGUUAGCACAGCAUACCGACUUGCCCAUUGUUCUCAAGGGGAUCCAAACCCACGAAGAUGCCUAUUUGGCAGCUCAACAUGCUCCCCAAGUCAAGGCCAUCAUCUUGUCUAAUCACGGCGGGAGGGCCAUGGACACUGCUCCUCCUGCUGUGCACACACUGCUCGAGAUUCGCAAGUACUGCCCCGAGGUAUACAGCAAGAUUGAGGUCUGGGUGGACGGUGGCAUCAAGAGAGGUACCGACAUUGUCAAGGCUCUAUGCCUCGGCGCGAAGGCAGUUGGUCUUGGACGGGCCCCUCUUUUUGGUCUGGGGGCAGGAGGCCAGGCGGGCGUAGAACGAACACUAGAAAUUCUCGAGGCCGAGACGGCCACAUGCAUGCGAUUACUAGGAGUGCAGAAGAUAUCGGAGCUGGGGCCCAAAUUCGUGAGUGCUUCUGAAGGGCAAACUCCAACCCGCCAACCCCGCCAAGUCCGUGCAAUCCCCUUUGACGAUUAG